AUGGCGUCUUCAUCCUCUUCCCCUCAUUCCUCUUCCUCCAAGUCCUCUCAGCCGCUGCACAAUUUCGAGCUGCCGCCGCUUCUCAAAUGGCACAGCAAGGACGGCAAAUCCGCCGGGACACCGAAACGCUACCGCACCAUGAAAAGUCCGUCGCAGCACCACCAUGCCGCCGCCGCUCCGCCGCCACCUCAGCCCGAGACUCCGCUGCUCCAUUUGGUGGCGGCGGCUGCUCUGUUUGAGGCUGAUCUGAUGCCCCCGCCGCCGCCCCGUGAGCCCGUUGUGGCGCUGGACGAUGAGUUCGAGCGGAUGUCGCUGAGAAACUACCAUCAAUCACCUGUGAUCCCGUAUCGUAGAAAUCAUCAGAAGAAAUCCGCUUCUUCUUCUUCUUCCUCGAAGAACCGCCACUCCUCCAAUAAAACAUCAAUCUCUCCUUCUCCGCUUAAGCAACCUGCAUUUGCGGCUCCUCCGGCGCCUACGGUUAGGCUGCUAAACUACUUCGAUUCAGAAAAUAGGGGAAGAUCAACAAAUGCAGCUGCUGUAGAAGCCGGUGCAUAUUCCUUUGGGAAAUCCAUUUCUCAAGAGGAGAGAUCUGAUACAUAUUCCUUACAGAAAUCCGAAUUCGCUUCUUCUUCUGCUUGGAAGAAGUAUGAUUGGUUCAACAAAUCAUCUCCAUCUGAAGAUACAGACACAUUUCAGAAAAGCCCUUUCUACAAGAAAUUUGAAUUCGUUUCCAAAUCAAAACAGGACUAUUUUCCUUCCGAUUCAGAGUUUAAUGUCAAAAUCGAGGUAGCUGAUGAUGCAUCAAACCCUAAACAGCACCACUCCAACAAAUCUGCUUAUGAUAACUCCAAAAUUGAGAAACUCUCCAUGGUAGUUGCAGAGGCUGCUGCUGCUGCUGAUGCACCAAACCCUACCCUCCACCAUUUGAAGAAAUCUGAACUUCCUUCGCAGGCCAAUUCAAAUGAUAAGAUGAAAUCCAAGGUGGUAGAAGAUUCUCAUUUACCCCCAAAGAAGAAACCCUCAUUUGCAUUUGCUUCUCCAAUCAACCCUAAAAUCCCUUUGCUCAAACCCAAGCUCGAACAGCCUGAUGCAGCAGAGAAGAAAUCCAAUCCGGCUGAAUCUGAUGCAGCGAAGAUCAAAAUCGAACCGAAAGAGGUCAAGGAAGAAGUGCAAAACCCUAAGAAGGAUGCCGAUCUGACCGGCAAUGAUGGAGAAGCAACCAGGGUGUGGAAUCUGCGGCCGCGAAUCCCCAAGGGCAAGGGCAAGGCCGUCACUCAGACGCAGACGAAGAGCGGCGGCGCAUCUAAAUCUGGAGUUGAGAAGAUGGCGAAGCUGAGCAUUUCGAUUUCGCUGACCAAGGAGGAGAUCGAGGAGGACAUCUUCGCUCUCACCGGAGCAAAGCCGGCGCGCCGCCCCAAGAAGCGGCCCAGGAAUGUGCAGAAGCAAUUGGAUAUUGUGUUUCCUGGAUUAUGGCUGAUGUCUAUCUCUAAAGACACGUACAAGGUGUCUGAAAAGGAUUUUGAUGGUGUAAUUAAUCUGCAUGAUGGGAGAUGA